AAAUGGGUUUUCUCAAGGAAGCUGCGACGAUGCUUUUAAUGGUGUCUACAUUAAUGGCGGCUCUGGUCUCAGCGGGAAAUGGUCGUGAGAGUCGUUUUCUGUUAACUGCCGCGAAUUCGAAAGCACUGGACUGCUCUUACAAUCCUUACGUUUGUCUCAACAAGAGCCUUAAGCCUGCGGGUCCCUAUUGUUGUGCCAAGAAAUGUGUCAACGUACUGACUGACGUGAAUAAUUGCGGUAAAUGCAAGAAUAAAUGCAAAUACCCUUCUGUUUGCUGUAACGGGAAAUGCACAGACAUCGGCAGUGAUCGAUAUAAUUGUGGUAAGUGUGGUGUCACCUGCAAGAAGGGCUCUUACUGUGCCUACAGCAUGUGUUCUUAUGCUUAACUAUUUUUCUCAGUUUUACUGCUUACAUAAAUAAGCGAACG